AUAGAAAAGGCGGGUUUUUUCUCUCUGAUAACUUUCUCUUGGCUGAAUGAUGUUCUCAAGCUUGGUAAUAAACAGCCCUUAGACGAAAGCCUUUUAUUCCGGGUGGAUACUUCGAAUCGAACAGAAAGACUAGUUACUGAACUGGAACGAGAAUGGGUCGUGGAGAAAAGAGCAACUGCACACCAACGAACAAAGCCUCGCUUAUGGAGGGCCAUGAUGAGAACGAUUUCCCGCCGAGAUUAUGUCAUUAUGGCAUUACUAAGGUUAUGUUACUCACUGACAUUGCAUGCGCUACCUCUGUUGAUAUGGUACUUCUUGAGGAGUAUUUCUACAGGCACAGGUAUCAGUUACAAGACAUCUUUGCCCUUUGUCAUUGGUAUUUUUCUGGUCGCCAUGAUAAGAACUGUCGUGAAAUCCAAAGCCAUGUUUAAGGCGCAUGUAUUAGCAAUAAGACUGAAAGUUGCCGUGGUUGGACUCAUUUAUAAGAAGGUGAGCAAAAAAGAUAUAGUGAUUUUGAUAGUUGUGGCUGAUAACCGCGAUUAA